CCUCAGUCCUCAGCCGCCGGUUCUCCACCUUCAGCAUCCAACCAAUAACAUACCGCUCGAAGACUGACCGUUACUUCCAUUUCCAGUUCGAUCAUCGUUCAACAAAUUGAAUCAGAAUCCAAAGAUAAUAAUCCUAUCUCUUUCGAUAUGUGGAGCUUCUCAACAUAUUCCCAUGGACCAUCUCUCCUCAUUCUCUUCACUACUUCAAGUUUGCUCGGAUUUGCUUUUGGUGGAGAAGGGUUUUGUUCUGCACCAUCUACUGUCGACUCGGAUGCUGAUUCGAAGGCUUUGUAUUACAAAGUGACCAAUCCUACUCUUUCACCUUCUCAUCUGCAAGACUUACCUGGCUUCACACGAAGUGUUUACAAAAGGGAUCAUGCCUUGAUAACCCCAGAAAGUCAGGUGUUUAGUCCUCUACCAGAUUGGACUAAUACAUUGGGUGCAUAUUUAAUCACACCGGCCAUUGGUUCACAUUUUGUGAUGUAUCUUGCUCAGAUGAAAGAAAAAUCUAAAUCAGGAUUGCCCCCUACCGAUGUUGAGAGGUUUUUAUUUGUCAUUCAAGGAGCAGCGAAACUUACCAAUUCGUCUGGCAUUACUGAAAAACUCACAGUCGAUUCAUUUGCUUAUCUACCUCCAAAUUUCGAUCAUUCCGUCAUGUCUGACUCUUCCGCUACACUUGUGGUAUUUGAGAGAAGGUAUGCUUCUCUAGUGGAUCAUCACACUAAGCAGAUUGUUGGUUCAACAGACAAGCAACCCCUCCUUGAAACUCCUGGUGAGGUCUUUCAACUUAGGAAGCUCCUUCCCAUGUCCAUGCCUUAUGACUUCAACGUCCACAUCAUGGAUUUCGAACCUGGAGAAUUUCUUAAUGUGAAGGAGGUUCAUUAUAAUCAGCAUGGUUUGUUGCUCUUAGAGGGUCAGGGUAUUUAUCGUUUGGGCGACUGCUGGUACCCUGUUCAAUCUGGUGAUGCCAUUUGGAUGGCUCCCUUUGUACCACAAUGGUAUGCUGCGCUUGGGAAAACACGAAGUCGCUAUCUGCUGUACAAGGAUAUGAACCGAAACCCACUUGAUCACAAGUAAUAUGCUGUUGCAACCUAUCAUAUUUCCUAUGUGGUAGGAUUUAAUUUAGAUCGUUCAAAUGAAAGUAGUGCAUGUCACUUUGUAGACCCCCUUGGUCGUUUGUAUUUGGAAUAACAUAAUACACUGCAAUUUCACAAUCCACUUAGUUUACUUUCUAGAUUUA